AUGGCUGCCAGGAAGAAGAUCGUGGUGAAGGUUGAGGUAGACGACAGCCAGAGCAGGAAGGCGAUCAAAGCACUCUCUACUCUCCGUGGUACUACUACAACUUCUCUUCUUUCCAGUUUUGUUUGUGAAUCCGUUUCUGACGUGGACAACAACGUACGGGCCUCAGGUAUCGAGGUGAUUUCUGUGAACACGAAGCAUGGGAAGAUCACGGUCGUCGGCGUGGUUAACCCCGUCGAUGUCCUGGGCAGGCUGCGGAAGAAGUUGUUUCCGAACGCUGAGAUCGUCGCCGUCGAGCCCGUCAUGGAGACGAACGAAAUUACAUACGAGUUCUUGAACCAUAUCACAAACAAUUUCUCCGAGGAGCGCAUAAUUGGUCGUGGUGGCCAUGGAGUAGUUUUCAAGGUACUGUACGAUUACUACUAG